AGGAUUUCCUUUUCAACUGCUAGAUUCGGUGCCGCUUAUUGUUUAUAAAAAGAUUGUUGUAUUUAAAAUCUGGUGCCAGGAUGAAUCAACUUAGCCAAUCCAGUUUCGACCUUGUUCUCCGUGUUCGUGGUAAGGAAAUUCCAGUGCACAAGCUGAAGUUGGUCGGUGCCAGCAGAUACUUCGAAGGUCUUUUCAGUGGUUAUUUCGCAGAUUCUGGGAACAAUGUCAUAAAUCUGGAUCAGUUUGAAACGGCAGCGGUGGAAAUGGUUGUGGAAUUCAUUUAUACUGGACAGAUGGAGUUGUCUGUCGAUAGGGUAGCUGAUAUUUUCGAAGUAGCUGACUUUUUACAAAUGGAGGAGCUAUUGGAGCUUUGCGAGCGCUUCUUCAUUAAAUCCCGAAUUCGAUCAAUUGCAUCGGCUUCUGGAAAUUUGGAGAUUUCUACGGUCAGGCGUCGUUACAAACCCGUCUACAAACGUAAAUCUGGAGAUCUUUCGAGGAUGUGAUGAAGACAACCGAUUUCCUGGAGCUGGAAUUUGAAGAUAACGCCUCCUGGAUGUUCAGAUUUUGGUUAAUUUGUAUAAUAUAAUAAUAUAAGCAUAAUUAAUUGUUUUGGAAA